AUGGUUGUAUUGAACCCAGGUUCCGGCAUAGGGCAGGGAGCCUCUUCCACACGAUAUGCCAACCCCCCAGUUCAUAUGUCAGGAUCUGCACACGUCAAUGCAGAUUUGCAGGCUGAUGGGAAAUUCAAUCUCAGCACUACCAAAGCGAAAGAUACUUCACUGGAGACUCUCAAAACUGACAACAACAUUGGGUCAACUCUCUAUGAACUUUGGCAAUUCAUCCCGAAGAACAAUAGAGACGGCAGCAAAUCAUGGUCAUCCGCCAAGAAGAAGCUCAUCCCCAGUGACCAGGGGACGCUAGAAUAUCUAGUGAAGAGCGAGUCGGAAAAAGAGUCGGUAGAGGAGCAGUAUCAAGCCCUAAACAAUAGAAAAAAAGGCCUUGUAGACGAGCUUGUUGCGGAACACGACCAACGAGAUCCUCGUUUCGAAUGGAGUUGCGCUUAUAUAAAGGUGGAACGACAUAAAUCUACCGGGAAGCCCCAGUUUGGAUAUAACCAAAUCGUUAUUAUGGAUUUCCAUAUGGACGUUAUCGUUAUGCGAAAGCCACGACAGCCGGUCCGGCCAGCCACAGCAGCAUCCAAAAAUAGCAGAGUGGAUCAUGAUAAUGCCCAAGGUCUUGGGAAUUCCAAUCUUUUCAUGGGUGGGAACCCAAAUUCUGAGGGGAUAGGCAGAAAGGCCACUGAUCCGCAGAUUACUGGCACUGUCAAUCCUGUUCACGUCAACCCUGGACUAUCAAGGGAACAAGGACACGCCAGUUCGCCGGGUAAUGCUGGAAUAACGUCAAUUUAUACACCAAUGUAUCUCCCGGGGCAGCCACCAGUUCAUCCACCCAUUCAACCUCAGAAAUAUCCUCAAGGAAAUCCACCUGCUCAGCUCGCCACUGACCAACAAAUACAUUCGCAAGUACGCCCGCAAACGCAACAUUCAGUGCCUGGCUCGAACUUCCCUAUGUCCGAAGCCUCUCGCAACUAUGCAAUAGCGCAAGGAGCCAAUAUAGGAGCAACAAUCGGCCAAAACAAGCACCAAACUCCUCAUCAGCCUGCGAUGGCUCCACAGUUUGGUAGCGGUAUAGACCAAAGAGCAGGUCCAUUUGCUGGCAACUUUAAUCAUGAGACGAGGCCGCCCGCGCAGAAGGCUCCAGUGCCUACGGGCAUGAACAAUGCUCAUGGAAACCAAGUGCAUGGCGAGCAUUCAACAAAUAGUCACCGCCCAACACACCACGCACGAAAAAACAUGGCGGCCGCUCUUCCUCCCAAAGUUAUCCAGCAAGAUCGUCAGCGGACCCACGGUAGGAGACCAGUUUAUACACCGGAAGACAGCAGCACUAUGAGUGACGAGGACUCUGAAUUUGGAGACGAGGGGUAUAGCCCGGCUAGCAGUGCGGACUUGGAUGCAAAGGAAAAACUACUUUGGCAGACAAGAUACCGAGACCAAGCAAUGAGCGAAGGAGGAUACCAAGGUCCUGGCCGGCAGCAAAGCCAACAAUACCGUGGCCGUACUGUAUAUCCUGUCCGCUCCGCCGACAUUUUCCCGUCUGAAAGCGCUCUUAGGAAGAUAGAAAACGAGAGAAUUGAAGAAAUGAGUCACCGCAGUCAUCCGUUUACUGCCCAUGGAGGCAGACAUGAUUUCCAGAUCCCCGGUCCGUCUGAACAUGACCACCUUGAUUCGCACGUCGCCGUGUUCAGACUGUUGAAGGUCCAGGAACAGCAGCAGCAGCAGCUCAUUGAUAGACUGGACCGUCUUGAGUUUCAGUCGCACAAAGGCGAUGGCCAUGACUGUUUCGGCAGUGAAGUGGCAGUCCGCGAAAUCGAAUCUGCUAUGCCCAUCCAGGGUCGGCGAGUCUUAUACCAGGAACCCCGGCGUCUGUAUCAGCGGGGGUUGUAUUACGUGCCUCGAGAGACGACGCCUUAUAUGUACGAGACAUAUUAG